CACCUACCGACUGGUUCCGACGGGUGCACAAACUUUUUUUCUUAGGCGCUUAAACGCUGCUUCCUUCCGCUAUAAAGAUGCGAGCUUCGAGCUUCAGGAAUCUCACAGCAACCCCGCCCUUCCCCUGUUCCUCCUUCCCCCCAGCACCUAACCAAACCGACCCAACGUCUCGCUUCUUGGCGAGAUCUUUCUCUUCUUGAAAAUGGGUACUGGGAAUCUGGAAAUCUUGCACGGUGAUGAUGGGCUCUCCAAGAACGGCAAUGAGGGGGAGAGGAAUGUGGAGGAGGUUCCUGCGGAUGGUCGCGUCUGGUUCGAGGAGCAGCUGGAGGAUGAUCUCAAAUGGUCAUUUACUCUGGAGAGAGUGCUGGAUAGGGGGACGAGUGAUUAUCAGCAGAUAGCUCUCCUCGACACCAAGCGAUUUGGGAAGGUCUUGUUGAUAGAUGGGAAAAUGCAGAGCGCUGAAAAGGAUGAGUUCAUUUACCAUGAAUGCUUGAUUCACCCUCCACUCUUAUGUCAUCCAAACCCGAAAACAUUGUUUAUAAUGGGAGGUGGUGAGGGUUCAGCUGCAAGAGAAGCACUGAAGCACGUGUCAAUUGAAGAAGUGGUCAUGUGUGAUAUCGACAAGGAAGUGGUUGAUUUUUGCAAGAAACAUCUGACUGAAAAUCAUGAGGCCUUUUCUAGUGAGAAGCUGAAAUUAGUCAUCAAUGAUGCAAAGGUCGAACUGCAGAAUAGGAAAGGUAAGUUUGACAUUAUAGUUGGAGAUCUAGCUGAUCCAGUGGAAGGAGGACCAUGCUAUCAGCUCUACACCAAGUCAUUCUAUGAGAAGAUUAUAAAGCCUAAGCUCAACAAGAAUGGCAUAUUUGUCACUCAGGCAGGACCAGCCGGCAUUUUCAGCCACAAGGAGGUCUUCUCAUCCAUAUACAAUACAAUUAAGCAAGUUUUCAAAUAUGUCAUUCCUUAUACGGCCCACGUGCCAUCCUUUGCUGAUACAUGGGGAUGGGUCAUGGCCUCUGAUGAGCCGUUCUCUGUGGACGCCAAGGAAAUUGAUAGGAGGAUAGAAAAGAGAAUCGAUGGCAAUUUGCUCUAUCUCAAUGGUGCUGCGUUCCUUUCUUUGGCCACCCUAAACAAGGUGGUUUUGACCUCACUUGUGAAGGAAACCCAUGUCUACACGGAAGAAGAUGCGAGAUUUAUACAUGGACAUGGUGUGGCUUACCGCCACUGAGGCCUCUAGCCUCAGCUUGAUGGGAAUGGCUGUACAGGGAAGGGAGAUCUUGAGUCGCUGUGAAAUAACACGAAUCCCAUUCAAAUGAAGAAAUCCAUCAAGCAAUUGUUAGAAGAAGCAACAAUUAUUUGAAUCUGUCUCAUUUGUCCUUCCCACAUAUGUCGCUUGCUUCAAGUGUUUACACAAAUCGAAAUCAAUGCUGAACUGAAUGAAAGCUUUUUCCCUUUGAUCCA